AUGGAACAUUCUGCAACAUCACCACGGGUGUAUGUCCUGACGGUUGUACGGAUAAUUGGGAUGGAUUAUUGUGUGCAGUAUGUAAAGAUGGAUUUUAUGGACAGACAUGUGAAGAAUGUGGGCACUGUAGGAAUGGAACAUUCUGCAACAUCACCACGAGUGUAUGUCCAGAAGGUUGUAUGGAUAAUUGGGAUGGAUUAUUGUGUGCAGUAUGUAAAGAAGGAUUUUAUGGACAAACAUGUGAAGAAUGUGGGCACUGUAGGAAUGGAAGAUUCUGCAACAUCACCACGGGUGAAUGUCCAGACGGUUGUGUGGAUAAUUGGAAUGGAUUAUUGUGUGCAGUAUGUAAAGAAGGAUUUUAUGGACAAACAUGUGAAGAAUGUGGGCACUGUAGGAAUGGAACAUUCUGCAACAUCACCACGGGUGUAUGUCCAGACGGUUGUGUGGAUAAUUGGGAUGGAUUAUUUAUGUAAAGAAGGAUUUUAUGGACAAACAUGUGAAGAAUGUGGGCACUGUAGGAAUGGAACAUUCUGUAACAUCACCACGGGUGUAUGUCCAGACGGUUGUAUGGAUAAUUGGGAUGGAUUAUUGUGUGUAGAUUGCUCGGAUGGUAUGUAUGGACAUCACUGUAAUGAUGAAUGUGGACACUGUCUGCCAGGGACAUUGUGUGAUAAAUCAACAGGAGUAUGUCCUAAAGGAUGUAAAGAAAACUGGACCGGUCCUAAAUGUGAUGUAUGUAAAGAAGGAUUUUACGGACAAACAUGUGAAAUAUGUGGGCACUGUAGAAAUGGAACAUUCUGCAACAUCACCACCGGUACAUGUCCAGACGGUUGUAUGGAUAAUUGGGAUGGAUUAUUGUGUGCAGUUUGCUUGGAUGGGCUGUAUGGACAUCACUGUAAUGAUGAAUGUGGACACUGUCUGCCAAGGACAUUGUGUGAUAAAUCAACAGGAGUAUGUCCUAAAGGAUGUAAAGAAAACUGGACCGGUCCUAAAUGUGAUGUAUGUAAAGAAGGAUUUUACGGACAAACAUGUGAAAUAUGUGGGCACUGUAGCAAUGGAACAUUCUGCAACAUCACCACGGGUGUAUGUCCAGGCGGUUGUAUGGAUAAUUGGGAUGGAUUAUUGUGUGAAGUUUGCUGGAAUGGAAAGUAUGGACAUCACUGUAAUGAUGAAUGUGGACACUGUCUGAUAGGGACAUUGUGUGAUAAAUCAACAGGAGUUUGUCCUAAAGGAUGUAAAGAAAACUGGACCGGUCCUAAAUGUGAUGAAUGUCAAGAUUAUAAAUACGGACCAAACUGUGCGUUUGACUGUGGUCACUGUAAAGACGACAAACCAUGUUCUAAAGUUUCCGGAAAAUGUGAAGCCGGAUGUGUGACUGGAUGGGCUGGGUUGUUUUGUUUGAAAGAAUCAUCUUCAGCUAAAGAAUUAAAUGCAGGUUUGUUUAAAUAAAGGAGUAGCUUAAAUCAAGAAUGUGAAUUUUGUCA